AUCUUUCCCUAAUUUUGGGUCGCUCAUGGCGGGCUUUCUGAUCUAUUCACCUCAGUAACCAGGCGCCCUUCUUUUUGGUGCACUUCCCGUUACUUGUGGGAUCUGUCUUCGGCUGUGAAACAAGUGAUGUAUUGCUAAUGAAGGGACUACAGCGUUUGGCUGAAUAAUUGAGCAUCUCCCAGCAUUUCUUUAAUUGUUUAUGUCCCUGUUCGUGUCUUUUCCGAAGACAAUCGAUGGCAUUAUUAUCUCCCAUCCCGUCUCCUGUUUCACCAAUCACCGCUUCGAACUGAAGAGGAAGAUUGUGAAAAUUUUUAGUACCCUCACCGUUGCACGUUGCUGUCGUUCCCAUCCAACUGAUGGCCUCAGAACAGGGAGGAUUUAAUGCUCCUGCCUGCUUCACACGGCAGCAUGGCUCCUGCUGUCUUCGAAAUUAAAAUUUUUCGAGUUUUUUAAGUGGACCAACAAUGCGCCCCCCUUUUAUGAGCCUCAUAAAUGGAGGUCUCACAGUAACCAGAAGUUGGAGGCAGGCUGAGCUGCGUGGUGUAGCGUUUUCCGGUCAUGUGUCCUGAAAUUGAGGGCUCCCCAUUUCAUGGUGUUGUGUUUCUUGGCUUUUCCGGUCAAGAAACUCGAUGCCAACCAAAAUAAUGUGGGUGACCAAGAAUAAUUCCACAUAUUUUAAGUUGGAGUUGCUGAAUUUGGUUUCUCUUUUGAGUGGUUAAUUGCGUCUGGAAAAAGGGAAGAGAAAGGAAGCGAUAGUCUGUUAGUUUGGCUUCUCUUUUGGGUAGAUUGUCUGGAAGAGAGAGAGAGAGAGAGAGAGAUGGGUAACCAGGCAACGUGCAUGUCUGCGGAGGAUGUGAAAGAGGUUGGCAGAUCAGGGAGCGCAAGAAAGGGGAGGUCACAAAGGAAGAUGCGUGCAGAGGAAGAGGCUCUGCACAGGCAGGCGUUGGCAAUGGCCAUCCAGCAGCAUUCUCAGCGGUUCGAUGGGUCCAUGUCGAGGAGGAUCUUGGGUGCCAACGGGAAGCAAAACCUUCCAGGGGUGUCUAGCUCUAGGAGGAGGGACCUGUCUGAGUCCUUCGCCCAUCUCAAGUUGGCACCAGAAAUUUUUGACAGUUUAGAAACAAAAAAAAUUGUUCUAAUUCAUGGAGAAGGAUUUGGAGCUUGGUGUUGGUUCAAGUCAAUUGCUCUUUUGGAAGAAGCAGGAUUUCUUCCCAUUGCACUGGAUCUUGCUGGAUCAGGCACCAACGGCACUGAUGCAAACAGUAUCACAUCAUUAUCAGAGUAUGCAAAACCUUUGACGGAUUAUUUAUGCAGCCUACCUGAGAAUGAGAAGGUUAUUUUGGUUGGACACAGCUGUGGAGGAGCUUGUAUAGCUUAUGCUCUCGAGUUAUACCCAAAGAAGAUCUCAAAAGCAGUUUUCUUAAGUGCUACAAUGCUAUCUAAUGGGCAAAGACCAUUUGAUGUGUUUGCUGAAGAGCUAGCUUCUGCAGAUCUUUUUUCUCCGGAGUCAAAGCUGUUGAUGUAUGGCAAUGGUAAAGAUGUGCCUCCUACUGGACUUAAGCUGCAGAAGCACCAUAUCAAGGGAUUGUACUUUAACCAAUCCACAGCUAAGGAUAUCGCCUUGGCCGGUGUCUCGAUGCGCCCUAUACCAUUGGGACCCAUAAUGGAGAGGUUGUCCCUUACUCAAGAAAAUUAUGGAAGCGUCCGGCGGUUCUUUAUUCAGACGCUUGAUGAUCGUGUGCUCUCACCUGAUAUUCAGGAGAAGAUGGUGAGGGAGAACACACCAGAAAAGGUCUACAAGAUUAAAGGCAGUGAUCAUUGCCCAUUCUUCUCAAAACCACAGUCGCUGCACAAACUUCUUGUUGAGAUCACGCAGCUGCCGUGACAGGAAAAAACACCACGUUUGAUAUAAUUUCUGGAAGUCUCAGAGAAAGUAAAAUUGUAGCACGAUCGAAGUUCACAAAAUCAUUGUGUCGAUAGCUGCUGAUCGCAAGGGGUUUCGGCUUCCACAUUGGAAUACUUGGUGCUGCCACGAAUAAAAUUGCCAUUGGACAAAGAAAGAAAGACGUGAUCACGAUAAUUUUGUUAAUGAUUUGGUGUGAAAUGUUGAUAAGUUUUUUCUUUCUCAAGUAAAAUGCGUAACAUUGCUAGCUAAAGAAAACUGUAGUCACUUAUGCAUGGCCAUGUACGUAGAUGUAUAAUAGCUUAAAAUUUUCUCU